GCGGCAGCUAGCACUCCGGCUAGCUGCGUUAGCUCACGAUUUUGAAAGGAGACUAAAUACUAUGGAGGCCGCGCAUGUUUCAUAUCGUUAGAUGGUCGAGGGACCGUCCCGGUGACCAGUAGUUGUUCGGUUCGGUCUCAGCCGGGAGUCGUUAUGGCGGAGGAGGGGGAUUUAUCUCCAAACCUUCUGGGGGCAGAGGAGGCGAAACACGGCAGCGGCGACUUCGUGGCCCCGGAUGGUCUGUGCUGGAUGUCGGUGCUCGUGUGUCUGAUGCUGGCUUGCUCCUAUGUCGGUAGUUUGUACGUGUGGAGGAGUGACCUACCCAGGGACAAUCCUGCGGUGAUAAAGAGACGCUUCACCAGCGUCCUCAUUGUGUCCGGUCUGUCGCCGCUCUUUGUCUGGGCAUGGAGAGAGUUCACAGGUGUCAGGACGGGUUCGUCGUUGCUGGCUCUCAUGGGGAUCCGGUUUGAAGGCCUCAUUCCUGCUGUUGUCCUUCCCGUCCUCCUAACUAUGGUCCUGUUUCUGGGCCCCCUCAUGCAGCUGGCCAUGGACUGUCCAUGGAGCUUCAUAGACGGCGUGCGGGUCGCGUUUGACCCCUGGUUCUGGAUGCUGUGCUUCAGCGACAUGCGCUGGUUGAGAAACCAGGUGGUGGCGCCGCUCACAGAGGAGCUGGUGUUCAGGGCCUGCAUGCUGCCCAUGUUGGUGCCGUGCGCCGGCCCCUCCACCGCCAUCUUCAUCUGCCCCCUGUUCUUCGGAGUGGCUCACUUCCACCACGUCAUCGAGCUGCUGAGGUUCAGACAGGGGACUCUGUCGGGGAUCUUCCUCUCCGCGGUGUUUCAGUUCUCUUACACCGCGGUGUUCGGGGCCUUCACUGCCUUCAUCUUCAUCAGAACAGGUCAUCUGAUAGGUCCAGUCCUCUGCCACUCCUUCUGUAACUACAUGGGUUUCCCUUCCAUCAGCACAGCCAUGGAGCACCCCUACCGCCUCACCAUCCUCUCCUCCUACCUGCUGGGGGUCUUCCUCUUCUUCUUCCUCCUCUUCCCCUUCACCAACCCCUCGUACUACGGCCUCCCCACGCCGGUCUGCACCCUCACCUCGUCCCCCAGCUCCCUCUGCCUGUCCUGAUCCAGGCCCGCUUUAGUCCACCGACACCACCCGCCGCACGUCUCAUCUCCUUCUACCGAUGAAGCGGUCGAGGGUGUUGGGUUGGGUUCGUUUCCCUUUUUUUUUUUUUUUUCCACUUUGAAGUUAGACUUCAGGUUCCGGUCCUGUUUGGGCCAACAGCGCUGACAACCACAUGGGCUCUGAUGCCACGGUGAGGUGAGGAACUCUGUAGCCAUUUUCUCAUGGUCUACGGGCCCCUUUACAUAUUAGAUAUAUAUAUAUAAAUACAUCUCUACAUUUAUAUGACAUCACAUUAAUUGUUGGUGCUCAUUUCAGAGAAGUGAAGGGUUUUGUUUGACGCCCUAUGCUGCCACCCAGAUAUGUGACACUGGUUUAACACUGAAACGCUCCUCAGAUCGUCUAAAUGCUGGUGGACCAUUCUGGUGUACGUUUGUUUUUUGUUUUUUUUAAGGAUGAUUGUGGUCUACUGCAACUUAGGUCUUGGUAAAAUCAAAGUUAGAGACUAACCCCCUUCCUCAAAUAGAGCUGGAUAAACAUAUUUUCUUACUUGCUGCAUCUACCUUUGACCUCCUAAACCUUGUAGUUCCUGGGUGGUUCAUUGGUUCAUCUAAAUCAGAUAAGUGGAGACACUAGGACGCUAGACUUUGCUGAUUUUAGUGUAUUUAUCAAUGAAUGUCUUUGGGUCUUUAUUCCAGAAGAAGUGAAGUCUGCUUGCAUCUUAGUUUGCAAACUAGCCAAGAUCUUAGUAGCUUCUCAUAAACGUGGUGGACGGCAUUGGACAAGUAUUAGUUAUGAUUCCUGUGCUCUGAUUUAGCUUUGUAUUUGCUACAAUUGCUCAAAACUAAGUAAGUAAGUAAGACCUAAGUUGUUUAGCAGUUCUGCUUCCCGUCACCUUCCCCUAACAUCCCAAAACACCGUUAGACCCUCAAAGCUUUCAGAUUUAUUCAAUUUAAUUAGAAAGUUUAUGUGUUUAUGAAGAGUAAAGACCAGGGUGAGGGUAAAGACAGGCCUUUCUUCUCCAUUAAGUAUUAAAUUACUGAUAAGAUGUUGGUGCAUUUGCGAGACGAUCAUCUGUUAUCUGUGGUCGUCUCUUAUGCCUUUUCUCUAGACGACUGUAGCUGCACUAGAGCCUUGACGUUGAAGUAUUAAAACCAAGGAAACACAUCCACGUCACCUUUUAGUUGUUUUUUAAUGUUUUAAUUUGACCUGUGUUGACAUAUGUAUGUAGAGAGGUAAUAGGUUGAGAGUUAUGUUCAGUGUUGGUAGUUGGUUUCGUUGUUGUUGGGUGUUUGUUGCAGCUUGGGUCGCUGUCUUAAUGAAUGAGCAUAAAAAAAGCAAUUGUACGUAGUCGGUUGUGACCAGGCACAAAUUAAAAGUCGUUUCUCACCAGCACAGCAGCAACAAUCAGUCAGUGUGAUAAAACUUCUCUUAUUUGCUUCACGUGAAAUCAGCUUUGCGUUGUCCAAAGACCAUUUGUGGUUAGCGUUGUAGUUUUUAUUUCCUUUUCCAUUCCAGGUCACAAACAGUUCUCCAUUCAAAAUCUGGUGCUACGAUUUCUUAGCAUGUUCCCAGCUCAGAAUCUAUAGGUUGGCACGUUAUUCUGCCCACUGCUCUUAUAGACCCCUUCAUGGCCUACGUCACAGUGACGUCACAUUGUUAGCUGGAGGCAAAACAGAGGGAAGCUUGACUCAAAACAGACAGAAGCUUGACUCAAAACAGACAGAAGCUUGAGGCAAAACAGAGGGAAGCUGGAGAACACUGUCACUAUCAACCAGGAAAAUAUCAUCUUGCUGUAUUUGAAAAAGCAAAAAAACACUUACUUGAGGUUUGGUCACAUGCCAGCCACUGACAGUCGUAGUUGACUUGGGUUGAACGCGAUUUAAAAGAAAAGAUUGAAGUCAGACAAUCAUCAACAACUCUUGUGUUUGCAACACACUUGAUAUUAGGUAAGGUUAGUCUGUAAUGCAUCAUCAGUUUCAGCAGGUUAAGUUGAUCAGUAUUUGGUGGACUUACAUGUUAGUGCUAAUGCUAACUGCGAGCUAACUCAGCAUUAGUUGUAUGUUUCAAGGGUGUCUCAGCUGAAGUUGCAUUUACUACGUUCCCCUCCACAAUGUACUUCCUUCUUGUAAUAUCUUUGUAGGAG